AUGGGCCGACACUCCAAAGCAACUACUGCACGUCUUGGGAACCUCAACCACCCUAGAAGGUCCUAUAAACCCACUGUAGAAGAUGUGAGCGAGUCAGAAGAUGAAGAUUACAUCCCUACCAGCAACAGGCAGCCACUCCUCGAAGAAGGCUUCUUCUUCCUGGAUGAAGACUUGGAUUCAGACUCGGACUGGGACCCAGAGGAUGAGGAGGAGGUGGAGGUUGAUGAGGAAGAACUAGAGGGGCUGAAGAAUGAGAGCGACAUUCAUCAGUUCGCAGCUGUUCUCUGUGAAGCUCAAGCUCUUGCUGUAAAGGCUGAACGUGAAGCAGCAGCUGAUAAGCCCAACCGCCCAAAGCACUACACUGGGAACUCGAAACGAAGCCAGCGGCUCCAUGCCUUCAAUCGGAAGAAGUUAGCAGCAGCUGGACAACAAUUUAUUAAUUCCUGGUUCACAGUAGCCAAAAAGACGGUCUCCGAGGAUGAAUCUGGUUCAGACUCAGACUCAUCACCUGAAGACCCACCCACCGAAGAUGUUGAGGCAAGCAUGGGCCGGCUCUUCCCUGAAAGAGAUGAAUUGAGCAAUGAAAUGAACCCGGGGCCGUUGCAUGACACUACAGGCACCCAGAGUGACACACGAGUGAGAUCUGCAAAGGAGGAACCUGAAGCAGACUUUCCUAUGCUGCGUCGUGCACUCGCAAAACUCACCGUCAAGAGCAAAGACAAGAAGCUUGAUGUGUUCUUCCGAAGCCGAAUUACAGGGAUGGUUGCGACAUUGAAUCUUUAUCUCGAUUCACAGCUCUCAUAUACAUGGCGGGAGGCUUCCCUGAUUGCAGCAAAAGCUGCAGGACGAGGACCCAAUCACGCACGCAACCUACGAAAGUGGAUCUGUCAGUUUUUGAAAUCUGGGAAACUGCCCCUUCACCGAUAUGGCUCCUACAACUCCUCAAUCCUCGAUGAUGAAGACUUUGCCCGGGAUAUCCAGCUACACUUGACAGAAAAGGCAAAAGAUGGCUACAUCCGGGCACAGGACAUUGUUGACUACGUUGCCACAAAGGAUGUCCAGGAGCGGCUUGGGGUGAAGGCACGAGGAAUCACCGUUCGAACGGCUCGACGCUGGUUGAAGAAGCUGAACUGGCGAUAUACCCGCAAACGGAAUGGCAUGUACAUUGAUGGCCAUGAAAGGGAGGAUGUGGUUGCUUAUCGGAAAGCAUUCGUGUCACGCUGGCAGGAAUAUGAGAAGCAUUUCAUUAUUUAUGACAAUGAUGGCAACGUACUCUCUAAACCAGCUGGCUUCCCUGUCCCUCAAAUCGGCCGCUUCCGCUUGAUCCUGGUCACACACGAUGAAUCAACGUUCUAUGAAAACGACAGACGCAAGACAAAGUGGACCCACUUCCAAGAAAAGGCGACAACGGAGAGAAAAGGAGAGGGGCCAUCGAUCAUGGUGUCCGAAUUCUUAACACCUGAUUGGGGGCGGCUAAAAGACGGAGAUGACGAGGCACAUAUCCUCUUCAGAGCGGGGAAGAAUCGGGAUGGUUACUUCGACAAUGACGAUCUGAUCAGUCAAGUGGAUCAUGCUAUUGACAUUUUUGAGGGACUCACCAAUGGCUUUGCAACUGGUCUUUUCCUGUUUGACAAUGCACCGAGUCACCAAAAGCGGGCAAUGGAUGCCCUCUCUGCUCGGAAAAUGCCCAAAAAUGCCCAUGCAACAUGGACACAUCACAAAGAUGGCCCAAAGAUGAGGACCACCUGCUUCGGUGAGCACAGCACUAUCCAAGACUUCUAUUACCCAGAUGAUCACCCCACCAUGCCGGGCUGGUUUAAAGGGAUGGAGAAUAUUAUCCGGGAGCGCAGUCUGUGGCCACAGCGGGGGCUCAACGCGCAGUGUGAGGGGUUCAAGUGUGAGCCUGGGAAGACGGACUGCUGCUGUCGACGGCUUCUAUUCACACAGCCCGAUUUCGUAAAUCAGAAGUCUCGCCUUGAAGAGUUAAUCACUUCCCGCGGUCACAUUUGUGACUUCUACCCAAAAUAUCACUGUGAACUCAAUUUCAUUGAGCAGUAUUGGGGGGCAGCAAAGCUUCGGUAUCGGAAUAGCCCCAAGACAACUGAUAUAAAGGAGAUGGAGAGGAAUGUACUUGCCUGCCUCGACGAUGUUCCUGAUGUUUCAAUCAAACGAUAUGCCAAUCGCGCUGCUCGAUUUAUCAACGGAUACUUCCAGGGACUUACAGGCCCCGAGGCAGCGUGGGCAAACAGGAAAUAUCACGGCCAUCGCACACUUCCUGCGUCUGUUGUUGCUAAACUUAAGGAGGAGUUCUUAAAGAGGUUUGGGGGGUCCAAGUAA